AUGCAGGCAACUGCGGACGCCGUGCGACGGCGCUGGCCGCUUGCAGCAGGAGUCACAGCCACGGCUACAGCACUUGUCCUUGCGGGCUUUCAAGCGUACACGACACCGCUGAACAAUCGCGCCAAGCAACAAGCAGAAGAAGCAGCGAGCAGUGCAGCAGAGUCGUCGUCAAAUGAAAGCGCUGGGACAACAUUGAUACCGCCAAGAACACCAAGUCCGAGGAAGCGAGGAAUGACACACACGUCUGUGAUCCAUGCGCCGCACUUCCACUACUUCUUAGCGCCGAUAGUCCUCGGACUGUUCAUGGGCAUCUACAUCGUAUUGCUCCAUUUUGGCUUCGUCGACACCUCGAGCUAUCCAUCUGUAUGGGAUAUAGCUGCCCGAUCCAGCCUGCUUCAUGUCGGCGUGUCACAUGGACUGGUGCUGUGGCCUUUCCUCACGGAAACUCCCCGCCUUCGCUUCUUUCGCAUAUCUGUUAUGGAAUGGCUGGCGUCUUCGUCCUUCAUGGACAUUUACGUAACCUCCCACAUUUACUUCGUGUUUGCGACAAUAGUGACCCCCAUGACGUUCUUGCUACUCGAGGCGCACUGGCAGGUCAUUUCGUGGUCGGAUGGCCAGUUCUACGUGUUGCUGGCGGUAUCUGACCUGACAGCCUCUAGCGUCUUGUGGCAUUAUUACACGUUGGCGCAUCUCAAUUCCGAUCUGCGGCAUCUGUGACCCCACCAGUUUCGCAGUUUUAAGUUAUUGAAGGUGUAGAUAUCACUUCUACAGUACGAACCUCGUCGCCUGAUUCAGAUGUUGUGGUAAUCCUAUUUAGGAUUAAUAUGACCUAAUUUCAAAGGCAAA